CGGUGACUGACGCGUGUUUUGACGCGACUGUACGGCUCAAAGUCACAUAACUGACUGUCAUGGCAGAUACAUUUGUAGCUACUGGACUGCUUGGGCUCGGGCCAUCGGCCUCGUUGCUAGGCUCCUCAUCCACCACAGAUGGGCUCUCCUCCGUCUUCCUAUCGAAUGGCCUUUUGGGCGGAUUGUGUAUCGCCCCAACUAGUCAUGCACAGCCAGAAGAACGAGCGCAGGAGCUUAAAGGCAUAGAUGAGCCACAGAGUUCCCGCAACACCGUGUCUUCAUCCUCCAGAUCAUUUAUCCCUACGCACAUACGUGCUCCGCUUCGUGCUACGACAUAUGACGGGAAUGCAAUACAUAUAAGGCGAAAGCCGUACGUAGGCACAACACAGAAGACUUCUUCUGCUCCAACUCGAUUAAGCAACCUAUUAGAUGUCCCUAUACACAGACUCAGGGAUGAGCUAUCGGCUGCUACUGCUUCGAAGUUGUCCUUUUCGAAAACCACCACCAGAGCGUCUGAGUCACACAAGCCCUCAAUUCCAGUGCCAGAGGAUACACUCUGGGUUGAUCGAUAUCGCCCUCGAAAAUUCACAGAACUAUUAGGUAAUGAGCGUGUUGCUCGCGAAACAAUGGCUUGGGUAAAGCAAUGGGACUGGUGUGUAUUCGGUAGGAAGAAGAGCAAGAAGAGGCUGCGGGAAGAUGAUGAGAACUAUAACCCUGACGAUGAAUACCACCGUCCACGAGAAAAGCUACUGCUAAUAUCCGGUCCCCCUGGGCUUGGUAAGACGACAUUAGCUCAUGUUGUCGCGAAGCAGGCCGGGUAUGAAGUAAUGGAGAUAAACGCGAGUGAUGCGCGUUCUGUACAGGUCAUCGACGAGCGAAUACGACCGGCGCUGGAAUCAGGGUCUGCAGUCGGGAGUGUAAAACCUGUGUUGCUCAUCAUCGAUGAGAUAGAUGGGGCCACUGGAGGCGGGGAUAAUGCAAGUGGAUUUGUGAACAAGCUGGUUUCGCUCACCUUUGACAAGCCAAAGAACAAACGGAAGAAGAGCGACCAGAAAGACAAGCGUCCACUCCUUCGCCCAAUAAUAUGCAUCUGUAAUGACCAAAAUGCGAAUGCCCUUUCCAAACUCCGUCCUCACGCCCAGCAAAUUCGGUAUACGAGACUUGCUGAUAGUCAUAUUGUCAAGCGUCUCCGCGAGAUUUGCGAGUUGGAGGGAUUGCGCGCUGAUACCAGGGCUCUGAGUACCUUGGUCGGCGUGGCCAAAGGCGAUCUCAGAGGCUGUCUCAAUACUCUGCAGUUCAUCAAGUCUCGCAAUGAUGAGGUGACUGAACCUCUCAUUCGCCGUGCUACAGUGGGCAUGAAGGAGGGGGACACUACCGCGACUUCAGUAAUCAACGAGAUAUUUGCGCCCUUAUCCCGAAAACGUGUCAAGGAGCUUGGCAUGGGCGAAGAAGAAGAGGCACGUUAUGUGAACCGCCUAAGUCAUACAAUUGAAGGAUUGAACAAUCCUGCAAGUAUAGCGAAUGGCUGUUUUGCGCAUUAUAUCAAUUGUCGCCGACACGACGCAAACUUGAACCACUACGAGAAGGCUGGCGAGUGGUUGACGACCUUCGACUCCUUUUCAUCGGUCAUGUAUACAGACGGUGACUUCGCGCUGCAUACAUACCUGUCAUAUUUCCUGGUUCCUUUCCAUCCGCUAUUCCGAGAGCGAGGGGAAAAACGGGUAGAACGAGAUAGUUCGGACUGGGAUAACUUGCAGCUGACGCGCGCAAACGAAGAAAUUUAUAAAUCGUUAGCAAACGGUAUCCGCUCAACUGGUCGGACUGCAGGGGCCAACAGACACCUUGUUACAGGUCAAGUCUUGCCACUCGAAUUUGCACCAUUUAUCAAUCGUAUAAUUUCCCCUCCUUUGCGACCGGUCAACAGUCAAGUGAUAAAGCCACAGGAAAAAGCUUUGCUCUCGCGUUUGGUGGAGAUUAUGGUGUCUUUUGAACUUCGCUUUGUGCAAGAGAAGGCUGAGGAUGGCCAAAAUGUGUAUAGACUUGAUCCUCCAAUCGACGUUUUUGUUACCUACGACGGCAAGCGCGCCGAAGAUAUCGCGGUCUCUCGGUAUGCUGUACGACAGUUGGUCGCCAUUGAGAUUGACGCCGCACUCGUCGCAAAACAAGCAGACGCAGUGGAGAAAGGAAAGGAACAAGCAAAAACCAACUUUUUCAAAACAUCAAGGAAGGAUGUCACGGCAUAUGUCAACGAAGCUCCUGAGCCCAUAGAAGUCAUAGAAGGCAACAAUGAACUGCGCCGCAUGGAUGCCUCAUCUGAGCCAGGCCCUGAAAACAAACGAGCACGCACUUCCGAGAAAGUGGACAUUGCAGACAAGCCGCCUGUGGACUUCUUUGGAAGGCCGAUCGCUAUGAAGAAAGAUUCAAGGAGGUCACUGACGUCGAAAAAGGUAGUCCCUGAUUUUCGCAUUGCAUAUAAGCAUCUGGAAGGAAACUCGGCGGCUGUCCGUCGGCCGACGAAGGUUUCAUCGUUUCUUUGAUCAACUCCGCAGUUGUUGUACCAGAUAGGAUCAUCCAUCGCACACAGGACACCUUUAUUUUGUACAAGUAAUAUAUCAUAACAUCCCCCAAAACCCCAAAAUUACAGCAAACGUACCAAACAAUACA